GGCGCUCACUCACAUCAGCCGAGCCCGGCCUCGCGAUGGAGGUGACGCCCGUGCUGAGGGACUCGCGGUCGCUGCGGCCCUUCAAGUCCAGCGAGGAGUACCUGUACGCCAUGAAGGAGGACCUCGCCGAGUGGCUGCAGACGCUCUACCCGGAGCUCUGCAUCAGCGUGCACAACUUCAUGGACCGCCUCGACACUGGCGUCGCGCUCUGCAAGCACGCCAACAACGUGCGCACGGCGGCCGAGGAGUACAUGGCGCGGCGGCUGGCGCGCCGCUCGGCCAGCAGCGCCAACCUGAUGAGCGCGUCGCUGUCGGCCACCGGCUCCAUAGCGCGGCCCGUCAUCGAGGCCGGGCCCGUCCACUUCCUGCCCGCCGCCCAGCCGGGCACCUUCUUCGCGCGCGACAACGUCUCCAACUUCAUCCGCUGGUGCCGGCACGCGCUCGGCGUCUUCGAGUGCCUGCUCUUCGAGACCGACGACCUCAUCCUGCGCAAGAACGAGCGCAACGUCAUCCUCUGCCUGCUCGACGUCGCGCGCCGCGGCGCCAAGUGA